UCUUUUUCCUUCCUAUUUAAAAAACAGAAAAGAAAAAGAAAAGUCACUUUGAUCAAAUAAUAGCCGCACGAUCAAGCCCUAUAUAGCAUACACACAGAGGGUCUGUUAACAACAACAGAAAAAGAAUAAAGAAAAAAGAAUUACAUAAACAAAACUCUCUUCUCUUUUCUCUCUGUAUAUAAAUCUGUGUGUUUGUGGUGUUAUGCUGGUGUUUAAGAGGGAUUUAUCUGUUUGGUUUUACUAAAAAAAGGAAACGAAAAUAAAAAAUAUAUAAAUAGUAACUUUUUCUCUUUAAUCUUCAUUUUCCCUUCAUAUUAUAUACGGGACGCAGCAUUACAUUACACAAGCCCUAGAUUUUCGUCUAGAGUGGAUUCUGGGCGUUGGAAGUGAAGGAUUGGCCAGUGAAGGGGCUAGGCGUUGGAGUCUAGUGAUUGGCCUAAUUUUCUAAAUUUCCUUCAAAACCAGCAAUGGGCUGUUUUAGUUCUAAAGUGGCUAGACAGUUUCCUGGACAUGAAGACCCAAUUGCUCUUGCUUCUGAAACUGCUUUCAGUGUUAGUGAAGUUGAAGCACUGUUUGAACUAUUCAAGAGCAUUAGCAGCUCUGUUGUUGAUGAUGGAUUAAUAAACAAGGAGGAAUUUCAAUUGGCUAUUUUCAAGAAUAGAAAGAGAGAAAACCUAUUCGCUAAUAGAAUCUUUGAUCUCUUUGAUGUAAAGCAAAAAGGUGUAAUUGAUUUUGGUGACUUUGUCAGAGCACUCAGUGUAUUCCAUCCCAAUGCCUCACAAGAAGAAAAGUUAGAUUUUUCCUUUAGGCUUUAUGAUUUGGAGAAUACGGGAUUUAUUGAGCGGCAGGAGGUUAAACAAAUGUUGAUUGCACUCCUUUGUGAAUCUGAAAUGAAGUUGUCAGAUGAGACUAUUGAGAUAAUUCUUGAUAAGACUUUCUUGGAAGCUGAUGCGGACAGUGACGGGAAGAUAGAUAGGUCUGAAUGGAAGAAUUUCGUUUGUAAAAACCCAUCCUUAUUAAAGAUUAUGACCCUACCCUACUUAAGGGAUAUCACAACAACAUUUCCAAGUUUUGUUUUCAACUCUGAGGUGGAUGAGAUCGCUACAUGAUAAAGAUGAGAAAAUAACUUUUGGGAUGUGGGUUUUUUUUUUUUUUUUUAAAUUGAUUGAAGAAGAAUGUUGCUCCCAGGUGAAAAAGAUAGGUGUUCGAGUAAAAUUAACUUGAAUGAUUUAUCAACUGUAAAGCACCAAUUUUCUAAUUGACAUCUUCUGUCCAUUUUUCAUGUUAAUAAUAGUAGGUUUAUAUAGCGAGUUCAUUUA